AGGUAAAUUGAUAACAAAAUCAACUUUUGUUUGGGUUGUUUAUGUGCAAAGUUUGCGAUUUUUCUUCAGUCUUUUUCCACAAUUUGCUGACUUCAACACGCAAAAUGGCUCUUGCCAAAUUCCUCCUUGUUCUUUUGUUAAUCAAUUUCUGCAGUGGGAGCUUUAUUAAUCCAUAUCCGAGGCUCAAAUUCCGUCCCAUUGAGGGUGGUACGGACGUGGGAGAGCCCCUCUUCUUGACACCCCUCAUUCAUGCGGGGAAAAUUGAAGAGGCCCGAAAUCUCUCAGCCGUCCGUCACCCUGAGCUGAACUUUGCACCCAGUCACUCGGGUUAUCUCACUGUGGAUGCCAAGAUGAAUUCCAACCUCUUCUUCUGGUACUUCCCCGCAAAGACAAAUCCUCACGAUGCUCCGAUUGUUGUCUGGCUGCAGGGUGGCCCCGGGGCAUCGUCUCUCUUUGGCCUCUUCACAGAGAAUGGUCCAUUUGAGUUCACGGAAUCUGGGAAGGUGACACGACGGAAGUAUUCAUGGCACCUCAAUCAUCAUCUAAUCUACUUCGACAAUCCCGUGGGUACGGGAUUCAGUUUCACGGAUGACGACAAAGGCUACUCAAGCAAUGAGAGUGAAGUUGGGAUUAAUCUCCAUUUGGCACUUGAGCAGUUCUUCAAGGUUUUCCCGGACAUCCGAGGGAAUCCCUUCUGGGUGACUGGAGAGAGUUAUGGGGGGAAGUAUGUACCUGCCCUCACGCAUAGAAUCCACAAAAUGAACGAACAUGCGGCUGAGAAUGAGAAAAUUAACUUGAAAGGAAUGGCCAUUGGGAAUGGGUUGAGUGAUCCUCUGCAUCAGCUAAAAUAUGGGGACUACCUCUUCCAAUUGGGACUAAUUGAUGCCAAUGGCAGGGAUUUAUUCCACGAAUAUGAGAAACGCGGCGUGGAUGCCAUCAAUAAGCGUGAUUUCAAUGCUGCUUUUGAUAUCUUCGAUGAACUCAUUAAUAUGGAUCAGCUACCAUCGGGGAGUCUCUUUAAGAAUCUCACGGGCUUUGAGACGUACUUCAACUACCUCAAAAGCACCGAUAGUGGCAUUGAUGACAACAACAUGGGGAAGUUUCUGCAGCGUGCUGAUGUCCGGAAGGCCAUUCAUGUGGGCAAUUGCACGUUCCACGAUACAUCGGGAGAGAAUAAAGUGGAGGAGCACCUGAAGUUGGAUGUGAUGGACACUGUAGCGCCGUGGGUUAGUGAAAUCCUCGCAGAAUACCGCGUUUGCAUCUACAAUGGGCAGCUGGAUGUGAUUGUGGCGUACCCACUGACGGUGAAUUACUUGUCGCAGCUGAAGUUCAAGGAUCGCGAGGCAUACCUCAAGGCACCACGGUACGUGUGGCGUGUUGAUAAGGACAUUGCGGGGUAUGCCAAAGAGGCUGGGAAUCUCGUGGAGGUGAUGGUGAGGAAUGCAGGACACAUGGUACCUGCGGAUCAGCCUAAAUGGGCCAUGGAUCUCAUUACGAGGCUCACAAGUGGAAAAUCUUUUGCAGUUAACCCUUAAUGGAUUAAAUCUAUCAUAACCUACUCCUCCUUUAUGCUCUCUCUCUCUAAGCAAGGACUACGAGGCUGGAUAGAUAAUGAAGAAAAAAUGUCCUUUUGCUUUUACUAUUUUAUUGCUUUUUCAGCUUUUUUUACCUUUUUCAUAAUGUAAGAUUUUUUUUAUCUAUAUAAUAAAGACCUAUAUAAUAAAGAAA